AUGGAAAGCUCCUCGCGUCUUCUUUACUUCAGUAACGAGUUUCCUCCAGCGGACUCGCAGAUGCUGCUGCGGCGAUUGUACCUAGACAGCAAAGACAAAAGACAUCCUCACCUUUCCCGCUUCCUGGAGGAAGCAACCGCCGCCGUUCGUAAUGAGGUUGAAAAGCUUCCUCUUGACCUGAGACGGCUUGUUCCUUACUUUGAGUCGGUUCAGAGCCUGGCAGCGGAUCGUAAACUACGUCGCGGUGUGUUGUCCGGCUCCGUCGACGGCGUCCUCCUAUGUAUCAUACAGAUAGGAUCGUUUAUCCGCUACUGCGAGACUAAGUCGGGCCAGUUCAACCUCUCCGGCUUGGACAACACCCUCCUCACGGGCCUAGGACUCGGUCUUCUCGUCGCCACCACAGUCUCACUUGCGCCAUCAUUGGAAGUCCUCCCUUCUAUAGGAGCCGAAGUUAUAUCUAUCGCCUUUCGUUUAGGUUGCUUUGUGGCUCAAGUUUCCCAGACUUUGGAGCCUCUGGACGAGGAGGGAACUUUCGACUCAUGGGCAUAUGUCGUUCAUGGUGCUACGACUGACGAAGUCCAGCAAGAGCUGGAAAGUAUCCAUUCUCGACAGCGAACUCCCGAAGCAGCCAAGGUCUUCAUCAGCGCAAAGAGCAGAACGUCAGUCACUAUCAGCGGACCUCCAUCGCGUCUCAAGGAGCUCUUCCGUACCUCAUCUUUCUUUAGAAAUCAAAAACCAAUCCCGCUGCCGGUGUAUGGGGGCCUUUGCCACGCACCUCACGUAUACACUAAACAAGAUGCUGAUCAAGUCGUUGGCUCUCUGGUGCUAGAACAGGAGCUCUUCUCGCGGUUCCCUGUUCUGGCACCCAGCAAUGGCACUCCCUUUCUUGGAGGAAGCGCCCGCCAGCUUUUCCGACAGAUCAUCUUUGAGAUACUUACUCGUCAGAUUGUUUGGGACAAGAUCGUUGACUAUGUUUCUGCGAAUGUUGGCACGACCCAGUCUCAAGGAAUUGAACUAAUGGCCUUUGGCAAUUCAUUGCCCAUGCAGGAUCUUCAGACAGCCUUGGACAGUAGAGAGACAAAAGCAGCUGUGAACGUCGUGGAUCUACUAACAAGCAUCAUUGAUGUGGAAUCAUCGUCUCAAGGACAGAAUCCUCGGUCGCCGCGAGAUUCCAAGAUUGCCAUCGUCGGCAUGGCUUGCAGGCUACCAGGGGGCGCAGUUGACUCCGAUAUGUUAUGGAAUAUCCUAGAAGAGGGGCUCGAUGUGCACCGCGUGAUACCACAGGAUCGCUUCGACGUAGAAUCGCACUACGACCCCGAGCGUAAGAACAUGAAUGCCAGCCACACACAGUUUGGCUGCUUUGUCGACGCCCCAGGUUUGUUCGACGCCGGGUUUUUCAACAUGUCUCCCCGAGAAGCGGAACAAACGGACCCAAUGCAGCGCUUGGCUCUCGUGACGGCCUUCGAAGCCCUAGAGAGGGCUGGCUUUGUUGUUGGCCGUACCCCCUCGUCCCACAAGACUCGCGUUGGAACAUGGUACGGUCAGGCCAGUGACGAUUAUCGAGAGGUCAACACAGCUCAGGAGAUUGGCACGUACUUCAUACCGGGUGGCUGCCGCGCCUUUGGUCCUGGCCGCAUCAAUUACUUCUUCAAGUUCUCGGGGCCAAGCUUUAGCUGCGACACGGCCUGUUCAUCGAGUCUGGCCACUAUCCAGGCCGCUUGCACUUCUCUUUGGAACGGCGAAGUUGACACCGUUGUCGCCGGAGGCAUGAACAUACUCACCAACUCGGACGCAUUCGCCGGCCUCAGCAAUGGGCACUUUCUCACAAAGACGCCGAAUGCUUGCAAGACGUGGGACGUUGAUGCAGACGGCUACUGUCGUGCUGAUGGAGUUGUCUCGUUCGUGAUGAAGCGACUGGAAGAUGCCGAGAAAGAUAACGAUAAUAUCCUAGGAGUCAUCUUGGCAGCUGCAACGAAUCACUCUGCCGAUGCCGUGUCUAUCACGCAUCCCCACGCAGGCUCGCAAGCGUAUCUUUAUCAAAAAGUGCUUGAGAGAGCUGGUGUAGACCCUUUCGACGUGAGUUACAUUGAGGCGCAUGGUACUGGCACGCAAGCUGGCGACAUUCAAGAACUCACGUCCGUCACCGACGUCUUCGCACCCCUCUUGAAGCGUCGAAGCACGAAGCAGCCACUUCAUAUCGGAGCUGUGAAGUCCAACGUGGGUCAUGGCGAAGCUGUUGCAGGAGCUACGGCUUUGCUUAAAGUGCUGCUCAUGUUCGAGCGAGAAAUGAUACCGCCUCAUGUAGGCAUCAAGACGGCUCUCAACCCCAAGCUCCCCGCGCACAUGGACCAGCGAAACAUACGCAUUCCCUUCGAGGCCACCUCGUGGCCUCGAACGCCACAUCGCAAGCGCCUCGCGAUGGUGAAUAGCUUCAGCGCAGCCGGCGGCAACACAUCACUUCUGCUGGAAGAUGGCCCCAGCCGAGCAACAACGGGGGCCGAUCCUCGACCAUCCCAUACCGUCGUCGUCUCGGCGAAGAGCAAAUGUUCAUUGAAAGGCAAUAUCGAGCGCCUGCUAUCGUACAUCGAGAGUCACCCCGCGGUUCAUCUAUCAGAUUUAGCUUACACCACCACUGCCCGCCGUCAACAUUAUAACUACAGGUUCGCGUUCCACGUCGCGGAAGUUGACGGACUUCGGACACAACUGUACUCGAGCCUGAAGCAGCUCGACGCCCACCGUCCAAUCUCGAGCACGCUCGUACCAUCCGUAGCCUUCACCUUCACCGGCCAGGGCGCGUCUUUCAAAUCCUCGAAUCUGCAGCUGUUCCACCACUCGCCCGUCUUCCGCUCACAGAUUCUCACGCUCGACGCCCUCGCUAGGCGGCUUGGCUUCCUGUCCUUCAUCCCGGCAAUUGACGGCAGCCAUGAUAAGGAUCACGACCACGGCGCGGUCAUCACGCAUAUCGCCCUCACUUGCAUGGAGAUUGCGCUGGCCAGGUACUGGGAGUCUCUCGGCGUCAAGCCGGACGUUGUCUUUGGUCACAGCUUGGGUGAGUACGCGGCUCUCUGCGUCGCGGGCGUUCUUUCGGCAAGCGACACUAUCUGCCUCGUGGGCAAACGGGCAGAGAUGCUACAAGAAAAGUGCACAGCCGCGAGCCACGGCAUGUUAGCUGUUCGAGCGUCCGUGGACGAAGUCGAAGCAGCUGCGGGAGACCUUUCUUAUGAGGUUGCAUGCAUCAACGGUCCCAAGUCAACGGUUCUCGGCGGUACCUGGCAAGAUCUGGAAGCUGUGAGAGCUGCUCUUAUAAGUAGGAGCUAUCAUUGCGCUACGAUCGAUGUGCCAUUUGCUUUCCACUCUGCGCAGACUGACCCCAUUCUGCAAGACUUUGAGGCCUUUGCCCGAGAGGGCAUCAUUUUCCGUGAACCUAGAAUCCCUAUCAUUUCACCACUACUCGCCGAAGUUAUCUGCGACGGCAAGACCGUGGACAGUACUUAUUUACGGAAGGCAACGAGAGAGACCUGCGACUUUCUCGGUGCCGUCAACAAGGCUCUAGAAAUUGGUAUUAUCGACAAGGACGUGCUCUGGAUCGAGAUGGGCCCACACCCGGUAAACACCAGCUUCUUGAAGGCGACUUUGGGUCCAAACUGCGUUGCUCUUCCUUCACUUCGCCGUGGAGAAGACAAUUGGACUACCCUUGCCGACAGUCUUGCUAGCUUGCAUUCUGCAGGUCUUGAUGUUGACUGGAAUGAGUUCCAUCGUCCAUUCGAGAGUGAACUGAGGUUGUUGGACUUGCCUACGUACAGUUGGAACAACCAAAACUACUGGAUUCAGUACAACGGUGACUGGGCUCUUGUCAAAGGCAACACGUUCUACGAGAGCCCGAAGCAAACCAAGGCUGCGCUGCUGCCAGUAUCGUCUUUCCGAACCUCACUUGUUCAGGCCAUCAUUCACGAGGAGUUUCAUGGCACCUCCGGCAUCGUAACGAUGCAAUCGGAUCUCAUGUCCGCGGACUUCUUCGCUGCGGCUCACGGCCACAACAUGAACGGUUGCGGCGUCGUCACCUCGUCCAUACACGCAGACAUCGCUUACACACUCGGCGAGUACAUGACGAAGAGACUAGGAACUCCCGUGAAAUACGAGCAUUUCAACGUCGCCAACUUGAGAGUCGUCAAGGGCCUCGUUGUGCAAACUGAUACCUCACGGCCACAGCUCAUCCACGUAACUGCCAGCACCAGCAACAUCGCCAACGGCAUCAACAUGCAGUGGCACAACACGGAUAGCAACGGCGCAGCCGAACCCGAGCCCUUUGCCACAGCCACCGUUAUCUCCGGCGAUGCCGACGAAUAUCUCAGAUCAUGGGUUCCUAUCACGCACCUCGUCGAAGGCCGCAUCGAGACCCUACAAGAGAUGGCACGGAGGGGCCAAGCCACGCAGUUUUCCAGUAAAAUGGCCUACAGCCUCUUCGCCUCGAGCCUCGUUAACUACGCGGACAAGUACCGCGGCAUGCGCUCGGUCGUCAUGCAUGAGUUCGAGGCCUUCGCAGACGUGCAGCUCACCACAGACAAGGGCGGCAUUUGGACAGUGCCACCGUACUUCAUUGACAGCGUGGCUCACCUCGCCGGGUUUGUCAUGAACGUGACCGACGCCCACGAUACAGCGGGCAAUUUCUGCGUCACGCCCGGUUGGCAGUCUAUGCUCCUGGCGAGGCGGCUCGAACCCGGGGUGCAGUAUCGGUCGUACGUCAAGAUGAUCCCGUCUCGGGAUGACACGGGGGUCUUCUGCGGUGACGUAUACAUCAUGAGAGGAAGGGAGAUCGUCGGAAUGGUUGGGGGAAUUCAAUUUCGUCGGUACCCAAGGAUCCUUCUCGACCGAUUCUUUUCUCCACCAGACUCCAAGGCCGCAAAUUUGUUUGCCUCGUCGCAAAUCCCGCCGAAGGUCUCUUUGCCGAACCGAGAUGCCCCUCGAUUGGUAUCACCAACUACUUUCCGCAACAAACAGGCCUUCUUAGAUGGAACGGAAAACCCUGUCUCCGCUUUGUUCCCAUCGAUCGAACCAUCGUCCGGGCCUUCGAGCAUGGCUUCCGCUCUUGGAAGUGAACCGGAAAGAAGUGAGACUCCCGCGACAGAAACGAACCGAAGCCCGGAGAGGAUGUCGCCCGCUCCCGAAGACCCCGAUAGCAUCGCAGUCAAGGCCACGCUCAUCAUUGCUAGUCAGACUGGUAUUGAUGUUGCGGACUUGAGCGACGACACGAGGCUCGGGGACGUUGGCGUGGACAGCCUCAUGAGUCUAGUCAUUGCGGAGAGAUUCCGUGGAGACCUCGACAUUGCGGUCAACAGCAGUCUAUUCCUGGAGUAUCCUACACUGGGUGCUCUCAAGGACUGGCUUCGGGAAUAUUACAAUUAG